CACAAGCAAAUGGCGUCCUUACAAGACGCACGGGGAGCCACUGUACAAAAAGAAUUUAAUGAUUUAUUGACUUGUUCAAUAUGCCUAGAGACUUUCCGAAAUCCAAAGUAUCUUCCAUGUCUACAUACAUUUUGUGAGUUGUGUGUUAAUACUUAUAUUAUUUCAACUGUUAAAGAAGACAAACCUGAUGGAUUCAAAUGUCCACUUUGUCGAAACCUAGUGCCGUUCGAUAACAGUCAAGCUAAACCAGAAACAUGGGCUGCAAAAUUACCAGGGAAUUAUUUUAUAGUUUCAAUGAUUGAUAGAAAAGCAAUACAGCAAUCGGAAAAGCUUUGCGAUACAUGUGAACAGAAAAACGUUUCACAGAAGGCAAUCUCCUUCUGCACUGUAUGCGAAGAAACAUAUUGCGAACCGUGCGAAACUAAUCAUAAGUUGUAUAAAAUAUCCAGAAAUCACAAAACAAUACCACUUCAAAAUAUAGAAGAAUAUACAACCUCAUCGAAGAAUUUCGGAUUCGUCAAUUGUGAAGAACAUCCGGAUAAGAACAUCGAAAUAUUUUGCAAUGAUCAUUCAAAAUCAUGUUGUACUGUUUGUGCCACUGUUCAUCAUAGGAAAUGUGAACAGGUUGUUACCGUAGACAAGGUAACUUCUGGUAUAAAACAAUCAACGAAAGCACGGGAACUCAUGGUGAAAUUGAAAGAAACUAGUGCCGAAUUAGGAAAUGUUAUUCUCAACCAUAAAGACAACAUGACAACUUUUGAGCAAGAUGCUGAAGUUGUUUUGACUGAUAUUAAGUCCCAAAAGGAAAAUAUUAUUAAACGUCUAAAUGAGCUUGAACUACAGUUGCAGAACGAAACACAUGCUACAAAGAAAAAAGUAACUUUGAAAAUGAGCGAUGAAGCUAUUGUGAUGUCAAGCCUGAAAAGUACUGUUGAUAACUGGAAAACUAUAUUUGAAGUAUGCACUCAUCAGAGUUCUGAUCUUCAAGUUCUAGUUAAAAUGGAAGAAAUUUCGAGUAGAAUUCCUCAGAUGGAGAAAGAGAUAGCAAAUGUUGUUUAUGGAGUAAAAGACGCGUCGAUUUCAUUCGAACCAGAAGAUAUAAACCUUAACUGUCUCGGCAGUUUAACGGCUACGGAAAGAUCGGUACACACAGCACUUGGUUUGAAGAAGGUAAAUUUCCAUUCAGGUCGUGUCAAUGUUCUGGUAACCAUCGAUGUUGAUGUUAAGAAUGUCGGUGAAAGAUUUUUAAGCGGAGUUUUUAUCGAUGAUUUUAUUAUUCUGACAGACAGGGUGAAUUACAGAAUACUGCACAGCGACCAAAAUGGCUCCAGGAAAGAGGAAUUGAAGCUUGCAAGCAAACCAACCGACGUUGUAAGAAUGAGCGAUAAGAAAAUAGCCGUCGCUUCGGAUUCACGCCAAAUUCAUAUACUGAACAUAAAUCCAUUUAUUUUUAUCCGUACACUACGUGUCAAGGCUCCUGUUUGGGGAUUAUGUUAUUUAGAGGGUGAAUUUAUAACCGCAAAUUCCAACACUAUAACGUGGUUGAAUUCUGAAACUGGUGUACAAAUAGAAACUUAUAAAACAAAUAUAGACACAAGAUUUGUUACUAGUUAUGAAAAAGACGAAUACAUAUAUAUGAAUGGCAGCAAUUCUGUUUGCUUUAAAUCGUCUAAAGGCAGAGGAUUUGAAUACAGUAAUAACAAAUUAAGUUAUGCUUACAGCCAGGACAUUGACUAUGACGGGAACAUUUACACUACUGGUUAUCUUACUAAAAAUAUCCAUCAGCUGACAUCCACCGGACAACUUAUAAGAAUCAUUCCUACAUCUCAAAUAGACCCGACAAUAACGGAUUAUCCCUGGGUACUUCGAUUUCAACCAAACAGUAAUAAAUUUUUAUUGACAUUUCAUUAUACUGGAAAAGUUUUCAUUUGUGAAAUUGUUUAGAAUAACUAUACUACUGAACAUAGUCGGGAGUAAGAUAAUGGGCUGUAGACCAAUGUAUAUUAGUUGCAUUAUUAUCAUAAUCAUAUACAUUAAACAAACUGUUACUUACAAACAAACGUUCUUUUCACAUCAUGCUGAUGUAUUCAUUUGUAAAACGGAUCGGUAACUUAUUAAGAUUCCGUUCGUUUGCAGGCCGACUCAGAAACUAAUUUUUAAAUGUUUUUGAAGACAGUAAUGUCCACUAUUUUUUUUUCACUUACCGACCUUGUUUUAAAGAACAGACCGAAUUUAAAAGGGACUAUGAAAAAUAAGAAGUCGUAACAACACGACAAUAGCACAACCAAAAAGAAAAACGACAAGGAGGCAAAUAACAGUCUAUAAAGCACUGCUAAGAAGAAUAAGGACUGUGAAACACGAACCCUACCAAAACCGUUGGUGAUCUUAGGUGCACUGGCAAAGUAAGCAGAUCCUGUUACCUUAGUUUCCUGUUGCUCAUGAAAAAGACGAAAUUUGGUGAUAUCCCAAUCGGUGAUGUCACGAUCGAGGAAAAAAGGACUGCGGCUCUGAUAGCGAUAUUGCUUUUUGCUUUUGUGUUUUUUUAUCUUCACUUGUACGUUUGUUAACUCGAUGUACUGCAACUUGGCGACAGUGAUAUACAAUUGACCUUAAAAUUAAGAUGUUUAAAUAUUUUUUAGGUAGUAAAAUCUUUUUAAAUAAGUGAAACAGAUCAACAACCUAUCUUUUUCUAGCGCUUCAUAAAAUUAAAAAAAUUAUCAAGUGCUGGAAAAUCAGGGUCUGUUGAACUGUUCAAUAUAGUAUUGUCGAUUCCCGUUAUUUCAAUUCUUUUUGUUUUGUUUUUUUUUUUUCAUUUCUAAAAGUAAAAAAAUAAUCAUUGGAAUAUAAUUUAUGCACACUAAUCUGAAUACAAAUUUAAAACAAG